AUGGCGGCCCACGCAGGUGCAGUGAAGCAGGGGGAUGAAGGCAAGCCCGCCAAUUCCCUGGAUGUGCUAAUGAAGUUACCACUUGAGCCACCACGGAUUCGCACCCGCCCAUGGUGGUUUCCUGUGCAGGAACUGAGAGACCCGUUGGUGUUUUACCUGGAGGCAUGGCUGGCUGACUUGAUCUUCGGCGCAGACCGAGCCAUCAUUCCGGAUAUAGAGUGGAUGAACCAGGUCCUGCUGACGGUGGACAUAGUGAACAACGGGAACUUCGUUGAAAUCACCAUCUUCGGACAGCCCCGUGUGCAAAAUCGGGUGAAGAGCGUGCUCCUAAGCCUGGCAUCAAGGCACCGGCAACAUCGUGCCCGAGCUCAGAAGAUGAAACAACUUGAGGAGUUCUUGAAGGCCCGUGCAUUAGGUUCCCAGACUGUCCAGCAUCCUGUUGCAUAACUAUUGUCAGG